AAGUGGUAGACAAAAUGAGAAGAAAGAAAACACAAGAGUAGCAGCAGGAUCGGUUUUGUUUUCAGUAGGGAACUGACGCAUAAAAGGAUAGGAAAAGGCGCGGGAGUGAGCCUCUUCAACUUGUUUUCAAUCCCGAUAAAUGGAUUGUUUGGCUACAACAUCUGUUCUUUCUAAUCAUUUUGCUCCAUUUUCUACCAUCAAUACUAAUUCGGCAGUCAGUUUCCAUAGAAUUUACAGAAGUUCAACCGAAGAAAAGUUAUGUCUCUCUUUCUCUAGGGAUAAUUAUACAGUUGGGAGGAAUGCUGCAAUGAAAUCAAGCAGAGAAGUAUCUUAUUUGAAAACCCAACAACAACAUGGAACUUGGGAAGAACCAGAUAUUGCUAGUGACAGUGAGAGUGAUAGUGAAGAAGAUGAGAGCCUUGGAUUUGGAAGUGAUGGGGAAGAGACAGAGACUUCACAAUCUGCCGGUGUUAAUAUCACCGCUCAGGCCGAGUAUGAGCGUAUUAAGGAAGAGGUUGAACAGCUUUUGGAACCAGAAGAAAGAAAAAUAUUGCAACAAAAUGUAACUCCUAACUUGGAAAAAAUAUCAUCUGAAAAAUGGAGCCCACUGCACUCUCUUGCGUUAUCGCUGCAAAUUUAUAGCAUGGACCAGCUUGUUGAAAAUGGUUACGAUAUUGAUUUCGUCAAUAAGGAAGGUCUCACUGCACUUCACAAGGCAAUUAUAGGUAAAAAGGAAGCGGUUAUAAGCCAUCUUUUACGGAAAGGUGCAAGUCCUCAUGUCAAGGAUAAGGAUGGAGCUACUCCACUUCAUUAUGCAGUCCAAGUUGGUGCAAAGCAAACUGUGAAAUUAUUGAUUAAAUACGACGUCGAUGUCAAUGUUGCAGACAACGAAGGUUGGACUCCAUUGCACGUUGCUAUUCAAAGCCGGAAUAGAGAUAUAGCGAAAAUUUUGUUAGUCAAUGGUGCAGAUAGGAUGAUGAAAAAUAAGGAUGGAAAAACAGCGUUGGAUCUAAGCUUAUGUUAUGGAAAAGACUUCAUGUCGUAUGACCUUGCUAGAUUAUUGAAGGUAGUUCCAGUCUACUGAGUUCUAUAAUGUGCGAGGUGUAAUCGAACCGAGCAAGGUUGAAAUUUCUGUUAAAUGUUAUGUGUUUCCAAUUGGUGCUUCAAGCUUGUUCAAUCGUCCGAGAUCUUAGAGACGGAUCUUUCUCAAAAUGAUGAAACCUUUGAUGGAAUCUUCGACAUCAAUGAUCCUUGGAAUACUUUAACUCACAUAGCUUUUGUGAAAAACCAAAUACAUAGUGCAGACUAUAAGUCUUGAUAUUGGUUAGCUGCAGACAAAGUGCUUAGAAAAUGACUCAAUUAUUAUCCGUGAGGAAUUACUAAAGCUGAUGAUCACUCUACAUGGAAAAUUAUUUCAAAUUUGUAAGAAUGAUGUAUCUAAUGUAUGAUUGUGUUUUUUAUAAUGAAUUGUAAUAAGUAGAUGUGGUUCAUAAAUUUCUGUUUCAUUGCAAAGUUUGUAAUAUUUAAAUGAUAGAUAAGAAUUUCUGUUGA